CCAUUGUCAUGACAUGUAUUUAAUCGUCAUGACAUCGUCCUAGAAGGCCGCCGUCUCCGGCGCGCUCGCGUUCACCCUGUCCUUCUCCUGCUGUAAGCCAUCCAUCUUAUCCUUCCUUCAUAUUCAGCUUCCUGAGUGUGAGUGUAGCAUUUUCUAGUGGGAACUUCCCCUUGAUGGGUACGUGCUUUGCAGUUGUCGGUCUGGCCAAUGCCAAGGCCGGGGUCAACAAACCCGAGUUGUUCUUUAAGGAGUUCACCAACGUCAUCGACGUCGCCGGUUUUUUCUCCUCAGGCCAGGAAAAUCGUAUACGUCAAGAGAUAGAAGACCUACAGAAGGACACUGGGUAUAAGCUGAGAGAUCUCGCACAAAAUUACCCGGAUACACCAAGUUGCCACGCGGAUGCUCUUUGGACUACGAUAUGGACAUCAAGGCAUUUGUUUUAGUACCAAAUAUUACUUACUAAUGCCCGCAAAGUAUCGUUGUGUAUUA